AUGGCAGUUCCUGAUGCACACAUUGUUCAGUUCGAUUUGAACUCCAUCUCAUCUUACGAUCUCCUGGAUCAUAACGGUGAUCCAGCAUAUAAUUUCUUAUCACCUCCCCAAUUUGAGAGUCCUCUAGUCCCCCCUGGUUUUAAAUGGCGCCGAGUUGAGUCGGUAUCGACGCGCAUACCUUCGCCAGAAUCGGUAUCCUCCUCACAUGCUUCCACUUCCUCAGCAUCAGAUAUAAAUUCCGUAAAGCUGGGUUCCGCACUUCCCUUCCCAUCGUCCUUUCCUUCCUCCGCCGCUCUUGCGAGUAUGCCCAUACCAUGUUCUCGUGGAUACUCGCGUAGCAAAGACCCAGAUCACGUACCACGUCCGCGGAAUGCUUUCAUGCUCUUCCGCUCUGCUUUUGCUGCCGCACAGAAAAUCGGAACGAAUAUUGAGCGUGACAAUCGACACAUCACGCGCAUAAUCGCGCACUGUUGGAAUCGCCUGUCCGAAUCAGAGAAACAGGUUUGGCGUAAUAAGGCUGCAACGGAGAAGGCCGUCCAUGCGAUAAAGUACCCAAAUUACAGAUUUCAUCCUGUCCUGCGUGCCAAAAAGCCUACCAAACGAAGAGUUCAGAGGAACGGCACGGAAGAUAAGAGACGCUGCGAGCAAGUCGCCGAACUCCUUCUUGCAGGCAAGCAUGGCGAAGAACUCGAGGUCGCAGUCAAGGAAAUCGACGACACUAUGAAAGCCACAACUUCUACGUCAUCCCCUGAUUCAAGGAGUGGGUCAUCAUCCAAGGGCAUACAGCCUCCUUGUGAAGGCGACUUUGACGGACGCGAGAUACAACCAUUCCGCAGCCCUCUUUUGCCACCUACUACCAAGUCAACUAGUCCUUCAAUCUGCGACUUUACAGGUGCCACUCAGUUUUCUCCACCGCUCACUAUGGCCAAGACCAUUACAAAAUCUCACGAAUGUAGCGAGCAGCCUCACCAAGCACCGUAUGACACCGAUCAACCAAUAUCGAGUACUUCUCCGACACACCCACUGCUCCUCACCCAACCUGACUUUUAUCCUCUGUACCAAAGUGCCAGGCUCUCACCACUGCCUGUGGCACUUUAUAGCGAAUCUUCAGCCUUGUUCAUAGACUACACAGAUAAGAACGACGGCGGCGGUAAUAUCUCCGCAUUGACUCCCUCCCCUCCAGACUUUUCUGCCUUCUCAUGGGACACAUUUUCAACGCUGUGCUAUAGUACCAAUUCGUCUCACUCGUACACAACUUUUCCAUCCUACUGA